AUGGUUCUAGGAAACAGAGCAGUUGUUGAAACAUGGAUAAUAUUUCAAAUUUUUAAUGUCAUACCUUUAUCGUUUUUAUGUCUUCAAUUUCUUCAUAAGGGAAAACAUUAUACUAUAGCUUGCCUUAGUAUAACAACGAUAUUUGAUUGUAUAAUAAGUGUACCUGUUGCUUUACAAUAUUAUUUUAUCGACCCAAGUUCUAUAACAUCAACACCUCAGAAUACCUCAAUUACAAACGACUCGAUUACUAUUGAUAAUGAUACUUAUUCUACAAAUAAUACCGAUACGGAAUUUUGGAAUGGAACCUCUCCGUCGAUGUCAUUAAUUGCUCUCGAUGACACUGCUAAUUUAGAACCUAUUUGCAUCGCUCAAGCUUACGCAUUAUAUUUGAUAGAAUUAAGUAUUGGAUUUUGGAUCUUUUGCUUAAUGAUUAAUAUGUGGUUGUUGUUAGUUAAAGCUACGAGCGAUAUUGAGGCCAAAUGGUUCAAG